CUAUGUUACGUCUACCCCUGAUUCCAGGUUGGCCAACGGUCCUCUACAUUGUGCUCUGAUCGUCCAAUCAAAAGAAGCCGGAUGAAGGAUGUGCUUAACUCGGCGUUUUCAUUGGCCAAGAAGACAAGCCAAGGCUUUGGAUGAAUUCAUCAGCACAUUGCACACGUGAUAUGUGCGCGCUGGUCCUGAUUAGCUGACAAACAGCUGAUGAACAUGACAAGGACACAGUUUAAAGGACAGACGGGAGGAAGGCAUACUGAGUAGAAAUAACCACAAUGGAACAUACAAACUAUUUUUAGGGCGCGACCGAUUAUUUAUUAUCGUCCCGCAGUAGUCUGUGACCUUGGGAUUUUGACAGAUUUUUGCUUAGAACCGGCGAUUUGGAGUUCUACAUAUCUUUCAUAUACCGAAUUUAAUUUAGCUAAGGUCGAGCCCAUUUAGCAAUGGAUUUUAUAUUGAGCGGGGCAGCUGCCUGCGGAGCUUGCCUGUUCACUAACCCACUGGAGGUUGUCAAAACUCGAAUGCAAUUACAAGGAGAGCUCAAAAACCGGGGGACCUACCAGAUUUACUACCGUAACGUUUUCCACGCUUUUUACACUAUCGGCAAAGUAGAUGGACUAGCUGGUUUACAGAAAGGGUUGGUACCGGGACUUGUCUAUCAGUUUUUCAUGAAUGGAGUUCGGCUUGGAUCGUAUUCAAUCAUUGAGUCAUCUGGAUACAUCCACACGGACGGGAGGGUUAGUGCUGCUAAAACCACAGUAGCAGGGGCUGCCGCUGGAGUAGUGGGGGCAGUGAUGGGAAGUCCCAUCUACUUGGUGAAGACUCACAUUCAGAGUCAGGCCACUUCCUCUAUAGCUGUUGGACAUCAGUAUCAACAUCAGGGGAUGGUCCAUGCUCUGGCAGCGAUCCACAAGCAGCAUGGUAUCCUAGGUCUGUGGAGGGGCUCCAGUGCAGCUGUACCCAGGGUCAGCGUGGGGUCAGCUGCUCAACUCUACUCCUUCGCUGCCUCCAAGGAGCUUGUCGUCGACCUACAGGUGUUCCCAGAGGGCAGCUGGCUGGUGGCUCUGUGCGCAGGGAUGAUCAGCAGUGUGGUGGUGGUGGCAGCCAUGACACCCUUUGACGUGGUCAGCACACGGCUCUACAACCAACCUGUGGAUCAUACAGGCAAGGGAGAGCUCUAUAAAGGUUUUGGGGACUGCUUCUCGAAGACACUGAAGAUGGAGGGUGUGACAGGGCUCUACAAAGGCCUGGGUGCAUCCUACUUCCGUCUGGGGCCACACACCAUCCUGUCUCUACUGUUCUGGGAUGAACUGAGGAAGCUCUGGCAGCAGCACAGAUAGUAGCCGGCAGGCAGGGCAAUCUCUACUCUGCCAGCAACACAGAUAGUAUCAGGAAAGGGAAUGGUCGCGUUCCAGGCCAUCUACAAAGCAGUUGCGCUGCAACUAAAUUAACCAAUGAUUGCCACGUCAUCUACAUUGCAGUCGGGCAUUAGAAUGAUACUUUUUUUGUAUGGUUUUAUUUGUAUCUUUUUCUCAAACAAUAACAACCAUACAUAAACAAAAUACAAACAGACACACACAAAUUUCAUCAAACAUAAAUGGCAUCACACCUGCUCAGGCCCACGUGUUCACACUGCAACCAUGCGCAUCACGUAUGUCUCAACCACACUCCCCCCCCAUCCUUCAUCCCCUGGAACAUUCCAGUGCUUGUAGCAUUCUGCCAUAUGGUCUCAAAUUGCAUUGUUCUAUUUUUAUCCGUAGCCCACACCUUUUGAAUAUUUACAUAAUACAUUUGAUUCAUCCACUGUCAUAGUGAUGGAGGAUCAUUUGAUUUACAGUUUUUGAGGAGAAGUUUUUUCAAAAUCAUUGACGAGAAAAGUAUGGUCCACCCUGUUUGAGUAUCUCACCGCACCCUAAUAUGCCACGUCUUGAAAUAUGCAGAUAGACAGAUUAAAAGCAUUUACAUUGUAAAACCUCUGACAGCCAACUGUCUAACUCCGCCCAUAACUUUUGGACCUAGCACUCCCAGAAGGCUUGGAUUAUUAAGCCCAUGUUAGUUUUACACUUGAGACAUGACUCUACUGUUGUCAUGUAGAAUUUGUGAAAUUUGUCUCUUGUAUAACAAAUUCUAUACAUGAGUUUAUACUGGAUUAAGCGUACAUUUUCGUUAACUGUAAUUACAUUAGUUAUGUUCCAACACUCCAUCUUGUGCCAGGCAUCAGAAUUCAAUGCGGUUACUGACAUCCAGGAGUUGGGAUGUGGUGCGUGACUGCAAUGUAGGUGACCCUGAACAUGGACGCAGUCAGGUCUAAAGAUAAAGACUCAUUAAGCCACAGGUCAGUUCACAGGUUAAAUGAUCCCUCAUUUAAUGAGUUUGUAGCCUGAUCCCAGAUCUGUUUGUUCAGUCUUGCCAACUCCUAUGGCCAUUGACUAUACAGCGUAAACAGAUCUGGGACCAGGCUUAUGCAUUUGGUCUUGAGAUAUAUGUCAAUAGUGGAGGAGUUUACUUUUGUGUGUAAACUUUUUUUUAACUAGAGCAAAGGUUCUACACUCCAAUAAGAAUCUAAUUCAAACUGGUUUCUGAUCUCGGAAGCACAAUGAGGUAACAAUAGAGCAAAGGUUCUACACUCCAAUAAGAAUCUAAUUCAAACUGGUUUCUGAUCUCGGAAGCACAAUGAGGUAACAAUAGGCUGCUGUGGUGGCUGACACGUUGUGGUAUGCAGCAGAAUAGUUUAUCCAUCCAAUACGAAUAGGAAGAUGUUUCUGAGUCAGAAUAAUUCCCAAUUCUUCUGCAGAAUGUUCACCACAAGCUUCCUCCACUUGUACUAAUGAUAACGUCCUUACCUCAUCCAAGUUACUGACUGCUGUGAAUUUAUGUAGCUUGAGUACUAGGAAACCUCUUACUACACAAUUUAAUUUACAGAGAAUUAGAACAUCUACAGAUUAGGCAAGACUUCUUCAAAAGUACAUGAACAAUCUCAGCACAGUAUUAAUAUAGAAAAAAAUCGACCUCCAGAGUAGAUUUAAUGAUUUAAUUUACUGCAGAAAUUAGACAGGAGUUUAUUUUUAUAAAGUAUAGUGGGAUUUGUUCAUACCGCUUGCCUUACUGUAAAAUUGCUCUCUGGAUGUAUAGCUUACUGCUUCUAUUGAUUCUAAGGUUGACUAAUAUUGUACAUUGGGUCUGCUUACUUGACACAGCUGGGUUAUUUAAUUGCUGUACAUCCAUUACAGGCAUUUUGAUUCAUUUUGAUCUCUCUAAUGAAUGUAUUAAUUGUCUUGUGUAGAUCCAAUCGCUGGAGGAUAUUUAUUUACUAACGUGAUUCUGAUAUUGGUUUGUUACACAGCCAUAUGCAGUGCCAUGUAAUGUAAUUUUGUAGGAUGCAAAACAGCCCCCCCCCCCC